CAAAAACGAAUUAUUGUUUAACCAUAACCAAUAUGACGUACAAUACGUGUUAGCCGUUAAAUCUAAGCUUUUGUAUAAAUGCAUACAUCAACAUAAAUUAAUAAUAAUUAUUGUAUUAAAAAUUUGUUCAUAGUGAGUAGUAGAAUUAUAAAAAUUUGUUAACCAAUAUAUUAAAAACAAUGUCUAGACAAAAUCAAAAGAAAUUUAAAUGGAAUUUAGACUUUUCCCACAAAGUUAAACAAGAUAGAAAUACUGAAAUAGCUAGUCCUCCAGGAUAUACCCCUAAUAUAGGGCUUUCUCACAGUAUUGAACAUCUGAGAGAGAACGAUUCUAAUCAUUUAAUUAUCAAAAAGUCAUGGGAUCUAGCGCUUGGACCUAUGAAACAAGUACCAAUGAAUUUAUUUAUUAUGUUUAUGGCUGGAAAUUCUAUAUCAAUUUUUCCAAUUAUGAUGGUCGGGAUGUUAAUUAUUAGGCCAGUGAAAGCUUUGUUUACAUUACAACAAACAUUCAAAGUAAUAGAAGGAACUCAUGCCUAUGCUCAAAAGUUUGUAUUUUUCUUGGGACAAAUAGUCAACAUAGCUCUAGCACUUUAUAAAUGUCAAUCAAUGGGUCUACUGCCAACACAUGCGUCAGAUUGGCUGGCUUUUGUUGAGCCACCAGCAAGACUUGAAUAUUCGGGAGGAGGUUUUGUUUAUGAUUAAUUAUCAAUGUUUCAUCACUUUUUUUAAUCUAUUAAAUCUUUACGUAAAUAAAUUUAAUUACCAUUGAAAC